AUGAAAAGUCGUACAUCAUAUAGCACGCCACAAGUUGUAGAAUUGGAAAAAGAAUUCCGUACCAAUCGUUAUCUGAAUAAGCAACGACGAAAUGAGCUUGCCACAUUGUUAGCGCUCACCGAUCGACAAAUUAAAAUAUGGUUUCAGAAUAGACGAAUGAAAGAGAAGAAACAACGACUAGCUGCUGCUCCACCAAACAAAACUAUCAAAAUCACUACCAAUAGUACUACAGCUACUACUACUACUACAGCUACUACAACUACUACUACUACAGCUACAACUACUAUUGUCGCUAUUACUACCACUAGUAGCGCUACAACAACUAUUUGCGCCACAACUGGAACAACUACUACAAUUUCAACACAGUCAAGCAGUGAUUUACGAAAUAGUAGCAAUGGUGUAGGAGUUGCAUCUUUUUUACAUACCACUAAUGAUGAUUGUAUCAGGGAUCAGAUUAAAACUGAUGAAGAAAAUAAUGAUGGAAAUGAUUGCGCCAGCUGCAGCGGGUAA